GCAGGACAGAAGGAAGAGACCGCGGGAUAUGCACACUCCAAACACCUGCAUUUGUUCACUUGCAUUUCAGCCUGUAACAGCCAUGGGUUACCGUUAAGUCACUGUUGUAACGGUCAUUACAACGUCGUAUGUGGUAGUUGCCAUUGAGACUUUUAAGUUAUUUUGGAUCAAAUCCUCACAGUUCAUCGGAUCAAAUGUUUUAUUUUCAAUCAGUGGGUGUUGACUGAAAAUGCAACACAUUUGAGCCGGGGAUUCUAAACGUUUCGCCGGUUUUUCGUGGAGAUUUAUUUUUCAACAAGGUUUUCAUUUCUUCCAUUUCAUCGACGAAGUGCAAAUCGGUCGGAAUGUAGCAGGAGGCUGCAACUUUGAAUCCGCGACCAGCGACUCUCUGGUGCCGAGCAGAAGCAGAAGAUUUAGACAUCUGUAGGCUACCCUCGUGGCCGUUACCAUGACAACAUCUGGAGCCCGGCUUCUCCUUGUGGCCCUGUGUGUUUACAGUGGCCAGGGCCUCCAGCAGUCAGCUCCCCGUGUCCGCCUGUCUUUCAAAGAGCUGCUGGACACGCGCGCGGCCCGGCCCUUCAGCUUCGCCUUCAACACCAGCGACUACCGCAUCCUCCUGAUGGACCAGGACCAGGGCCGGCUGUACCUGGGCAGCCGGGAGUACCUGGUGGCCCUGGACAUGCAGAACGUCAACAAGGAGCCCCUCAUAAUCCACUGGCCGGCGUCUGCGAAAAGAAAGGGAGAAUGUCAGAUGACAGGAAAGGGAAGACAGGGUGAAUGUGCCAACUUUGUGCGGUUAAUAGAGCCGUGGAACCGCACCCACCUCUACACCUGUGGAACGGGGGCCUACCAGCCCAUCUGCACCUUCAUCAACCGGGGAUGGAGGGCGGAGGACUACCUGUUCAGACUGGUCCCCGGGUAUGCGGAUUCAGGGAAGGGGAAAUGUUCCUACGAUCCGAACCAGGAGAACAUUGCCGUUCUGAUCGACGGCAAUCUCUACGCAGGGGUCCACAUCGACUUCAUGAGCACGGAUGCUGCUCUGUUCAGAACCAUGGGGGGCCGGACAGCAAUCAGGACGGAGCAAUAUGACUCUCGGUGGCUCAACGAGCCGGUGUUCCUGAAGAUCCAGCAGAUCCCAGACAGCGCAGAGCGGAAUGACAACAAGCUGUACUUCUUCUUCCGUGAGAAGAGCCUGGACUCAGUGAGCGGGGCGAGCCCCAGCGUCCUGGCCCGCGUGGGGAGAGUGUGUCUGAACGACGAGGGGGGGCAGAAGUCUCUGGUGAACCGCUGGACCACGUUCCUGAAGGCCCGCCUCAUAUGCUCGGUGCUGGGGGAGGACGGGGUGGAGACGGCCUUUGAUGAACUCAGGGAUGUGUUCAUUCAGCCAACGCAGGAUGAGAAGAACCCAGUGGUGUACGCUCUGUUCACCACCGCUGGCUCUGUGUUCAAGGGCUCAGCAGUCUGUGUGUACUCCAUGGCUGACAUCCGCAACGUCUUCAACGGACCUUUUGCCCACAAACACGGUCAUAACUAUCAAUGGACAGAAUAUACCGGAAAGAUACCAUACCCCCGGCCUGGCACUUGUCCAGGGGGUACUUUUACGCCUGGCAUUGACUCGUCCAAGGACUUCUCUGACGAGGCGGUGAACUUCAUGCGAGCCCACCCCCUCAUGUUCAACGCUGUAUAUCCUAUCCAUCGUCGCCCCCUAGUGGUGAGGAGCGGUGUAGACUACCGGUACACCGCCAUGGUAGUGGACCAGGUAGAUGCCGUAGAUGGCCGCUAUGAGGUGCUGUUUCUGGGGACAGAUCAUGGCACUGUCCAAAAGGUCAUCGUCCUGCCUAAAGACCCCACUAACCUGGAGGAGCUGACUCUGGAGGAAGUCGAGGUGUUCAGGAACAAGGCGGCCGUGAAGACAAUGAAAAUAUCUUCCAAAAGACAACAGCUGUACGUGUCCUCUGACGCCGGGCUGACCCAGGUGUCCCUGCACCGCUGCGGGGUGUACGGCCGGGCCUGCUCCGACUGCUGCCUGGCCCGGGACCCCUACUGCGCCUGGGACGGGGAGACCUGCUCUGCCUUCACCCCCUCCACCAAGAGGCGAAGCCGAAGGCAGGACGUCAAGCACGGUGAUCCGCUGCGACAGUGUCGAGGUUUCAAUGCCAAGGAGAACCGGCAGAAAGAGAUGGUGCAGUUUGGAGUUGAGGGCAGCAGUACAUUCCUGGAGUGUGAGCCACGCUCUCCACAGGCCUCCGUCAAAUGGCUCUUCCUCCGAGAAGGGAGGAGGAAAGUGCUCAGUCGGGCCGGCGGAGUUCUCAAAACCAACAACGGCAUCCUCCUGAAGGCGCUGAACCAGUCGGACGCCGGGCAGUACCACUGCCUGGCCACGGAGAACAACUUCAAGCACACGGUGACGCGCAUCGCCUUGCGCAUCCUGGACCGGGACAUCGUGCUGGCGCUGACCUCCCGCGACCCCGACAAGGAGCCCCACGCUCCGCCCAAAAGCCCGCCCCACGCCGCCCACCCGCACGCACCCCCGUCCGCCCCCGCCGCACCCACGCCGUUCCCGCCGGAGAUCAGACUGAUCCACCAGUACUGCCAGUCCUACUGGGAACAGAUGAGCUCAAAGAAGCAGCAGCAGCAGCAGCAGCAGCCGCCGCGGCGGCAGCAGACCCGCAAACGCACCAGCCGCAGGCACACAGAGAGCCAGGAGAAGGGCCUGGGCUAGACGCCGGCGGCCGGGACGCUGGAGACGAACUUCCAUUGUUACAGUGUCAUGCUCCCCCCGACCCCCUAGCCCCCCCCCCGACCGACCAGCCGACCACAUCCCCUCAACGUGAGACAGGUGGGGAUCUCGUGUCAUGAAAAAAUAUAAAGAAAUGUAAUAUAUUAGUUGUGAAUAUAAUAUAUUGAUGUUAACCGUUUGGACGGUAAUUUUAUUGAGAAGGCGUAAUGUGAGGUUAUCAAUGAAAACGACGUUGCAUGCUGUGUUCCUCUUCGCCGGUUGAAAGUCCUACUGUCUGUGGUUGUUGUUGUUGAUGUAGUUGUUGUCGUUGUUUAUGAUGAUGUUGUUCUCGCGGUUGUGUUUUGCAUUGUUGAAUAUCGCUGUCCCUUGGGUGUAUUGCUUGUGAUGGGUCCAGUUGCAGUUUAAUGUGGACGUGUGUAGUGACUUUGAGUGUCUACUUUCCUGGUGCCCUGCGCAUGUUUGUUGUAGACUUGUAUAGCGUACAGUGUUUUUCCAGUUAUGCACUUUGACGGUGGUGGUUUUAGAGGGAAUGAGUUCUUUUUUGCACAUAUAUGUAUGAGAUGAUAUGAUAUUUACAGCAUAGGACAUUUGUAUGAAAAUUUAAGGAAAUGGGAAUGAUACUGGCUUAGACCUAACAUAAAUUGUCAUAGAUAUGUCACAUACUGAAUGUUGAAAUGAUUUAACUGAAUGGUAUGAGCGAUGGCUCGUCUAGAUACAUUCUCAUAACCGGCCACCAUCAGCUACAAUUUGAGUAACAUAAAGCAGGCACCGACGAUGUUCAAAAUA